ACGAUUGUCAACAUUCAGUUCUCAAUAUCAUUUAGGAAGAAUUUAAUAUUAUUAAAGAAAAAGGAAUCUUCCAAUAAUAAACAUAACCUUAAAGAUUUGUUCACGCGUUUAUUAUUAACUAUCUAUUUUAGAUUUAAGAUAUACAAUGAAGAUCACGCAAGUAUUAUACAAGCAACACAUAGGCAGACAGAUGAAAAAAAUUUGGUACGUAAAACGAGAACGCCAAAUAAAUAAUGACAAGACAGAUAAAUAUUUGUUCAGGAAAUAUGGGAUUGAAGUAAAGGAUGCUUUAGAAGUGAGCGCUCCAAAACAGACUUUUACAAAGAUCAAAAUAGAAGGACUCAGACCGAAAUUACUUUUUGAUGAAACACAUCCUGAUUGGAAAGCUCAGACUUGUUUAAUAUUUCAAAAUCAUAAUGUUCUGCAAGAAGGUUUUUGUCAAGCACAAAUAUUAACAAAUACUGUGUGUUUGCCAGAUAGCUCUCCAAAUUAUAUACAAGAUUCACUUCCAGAGCUACCAGAUUAUAUAGAUAACAUAGUAAAAAGGAUAAUUUAUACUUCAAAUAUAUUUGAUGCUCAUCAAGAUAAGUUACCAAAGAUAAAAGAUCCUGAAAGACCUGCAUGGGUAUUUCCCAGAACUUAUGGCUUAAGCGAUUGCAGAAAAAUGCGGAGUUUGUCCAGAAAAAUCUUGCAAUUAUGUGAAUCUCUGUCUGGCCCAGAUAUUGCAAAAAAACGAUGCAUAUUGUAUGAUGGGAUUACAAAAUUAAAUUUAGAAAAAGAUUCAGAUCUCUUCCAAUUCACCUUAAGCUCAGAUGUCAUGAUCAUGUCAGCAAGUCCUCUAAAACCAUUGGAAAGUUCUGAUUGCAAUAUGGAAAUAAAUCUUCCAAACAUCUAUCCGUUGCAUCAUACUAUUAAUUUGGAUCAGACAAAUAUUUAUAAAACUGGAGACAUAUAUCCUGUCAGCGCAACAACGCCUUGGAGAAACGUCCAUACUAUCUUUGUACAUUACGACCCAGUGGAAGUAAAAAAUUUGACGGAAUUGUCUGUAACAGAAAGCCAGAUUCUUGGUCGCACCAUGAUAAAAGCAUACACGAUGGCAGCGUUUUGUGCAAGACAAAAAUUCGGCUCAUCCGUAAAAAAAUUACCAGAACCUGUGACCCUGCAGUGCAUUCAAUCGGACGGGAAAAACUAUCAUUUUUUCAUAUUUCAACUUAAUUCGUUAGACGCUAAUGACGUCAGUGUGAAAAAUUUUUGGUACGCUCUACCGCCAUUAACACUCUACAAAAAAGCCGAAUAUUUAAAUGCCAAACCUGUAGUCAUGGGUUAUAAUCCGAAAGUGUUCAGGAGGAUAUUAGCAUUUUACAGGAAUGAUAAUUAAAUAAAAUCUGUUAAGUUAACUGAAGCCAUUGAUGGAUUUUUAAUUUUUUCUAUGUGUAUAUCUUUCAUAUAGAUCAUAUAUCAUUAACAUACAGCA